UCCAGCCUUUUUCAGGGUUUCGCAACGUUGAAUAGUUUUAAGGGCUCCGAUUCUUUGUUUGAAGUUAUACACGCGAGCUAAAAAUGUAAAACGUCUUCGUGACUGUAUCUAAUCUUUUCUGACAGAAAAUGCCCAACAAGCCGAAGACACUUCUGGUUCUUCUGAUCAUCACUUUGAGGGAAGCCGGAACAACCGAGGACUGUAGCAGCAGAUGUCCAUCAGAAUGCAGAUGCAACCAGAAAUGCCUCAGCAGUGUUCCCCAGUAUCUACCCGGAAGCAUCACUACCCUGGAAUUACAUGACAAUAAUAUUACAUCCUUGAAUAAUUCUGACCUACCGAGGUACAAGAAGCUUGACACACUAAAGUUUAAGAAUAAUAGAAUAACUACAAUAGAGAAGAAAACAUUCUCAUACCUUUCUAUGCUCCAACGCUUGGACCUAAGCUAUAACCAGAUAAGUAACAUUCAACCUGGUACAUUCUCAAACCUACUCAAGAUUAGAUGGUUAAUGCUGGCCUAUAAUCAGAUAACUAACAUUCAGCAUAGUACGUUCUCAAAUCUACCACAGCUUAUGGCGUUACAUCUGGAGUCUAACAAGAUAACUGUCAUACAGUCUGGUGCAUUCUUGAAACUACCCCGACUUGUUAAGUUGUGUCUGGACUCUAACCAGAUAAAUAACUAUAGCAUUCAACCUGGUGCAUUCUCAAACCUACCCCAGCUUAAAUCAUUGUUUCUAAUGUAUAACCAGAUAACUAACAUUGAGGCUGGUAUAUUCUCAAACAUACAACGACUUGAAGAUGUGUAUCUGAAUCACAAUAACAUAACCACCAUUCAGUCUGGUACAUUUUCUAAUCUACCAAAGCUCAUGACCUUGACUCUGGACUCUAAUCAGAUAACUAACGUUCAACCGGGUGCAUUUUCAAAUAUCCCGGGGCUCCGGAAGUUUUCCUUGGCCUCUAACAAGAUAACUAACACUCAGCUCAUUGUAUUCUCUAAUACAUCCAAGCUACAGGCUUUGAUACUACGCUCUAACAAGAUAUCUAACAUUCAGUCUGGUACGUUCUCAAAUCUAACCAACCUUGCAUGGUUGUGCCUGGGCGAUAACCAGAUAACUAGCAUUCAGUCUGGCACAUUCUCAAACCUAUCUAAACUAGGAUGGUUGCGGCUGGACCACAACCAGAUAAAGAACAUUCAUCAUAGCGCAUUCUCAAAUCUACCUCAACUCCAUAGGCUGAAUCUAUCCUAUAACCGAUUAACAAACAUUCAGUCUGGCACAUUUACAAUCCUACCCAAGCUUGUAAAACUGGAUCUGAGCUCAAAUGCAAUAGAUCGUUUACGAUCGGACACAUUCUCAAAUCUAGAUUAUCUAGAACAUCUCUACUUAGCCAAUAACCAAAUGACUACUGUCCAGUCUGACAUAUUCACACAUCUUCCCAAACUCUCGAGACUUGUGCUGAAAGGUAACCCAUGGGAAUGUGACUGUAGAAUGGUUGGUUUCAGGAAAAUGAUGGAUAAUUCUAACGAUCGGAAUCCAUUUUCUAAUCUUGAAAUGAUGUGUACAGGACCCAAUAACCUUAAUGGAAUGCUCCUUAGAAACAUAAAGACCGAGCAUCUGAUAUGUACAAAGCCAAGGAUUGUGAGGUUUGAAACGAACAAAAGUAGCAACUUGGUAAAGGGGCAGUCUCUACAUUUGGUCUGUGAAGCUUCAGGUAUCCCUCAACCAGACAUCACAGUCACCCUCCCAUCUGGACUGAAUGCUACUGUUGAGUCAGGUGGGAGGAUGGCUAUGGGAGUGAAUGAUACUGUCAUUAUAACAUACGUUACUGCAGCAGACGCAGGAGAAGAAGCGCCUUCUCGGUCUGUCUAUGAGAACGACAAAGAGGAUGAAGUACCUGACCCAUGUCAGUCUCUCUAUGAGAAUGAGAAUGAGGAGACCGCAGACGCCCCUUCUCAGUCUGCCUAUGAAAAUGAUGAUGAGGAGAACGUAGCCGACAUGUCUCAGUCUGUCUAUAUGAAUGAUAGCGAGAAAGAGGUAGUUACUCCGUCUCAGUCUGUCUAUGAUAAUGAUAAUGAGGUAGAGACAGCCCCUUCUCAAUCUGUUUAUGAGAAUGAUAACGAGGAUGAAGAAGUAUCCGCCCCUUCUCAGUCCGGCUAUGAGAAUGAUAUUGGGGAACAGGUAGUUCAUAUGUCUCAUUCUGUCUGUAAGAAAUAUAGCGAGGAACGGGCAGUCGCUAUAUCUCAGUCUGUCUAUAAGAAAGGUAGCGAGGAACGGGCAGUUGCUAUGUCUCAGUCUGUCUAUAAGAAAGAUAGCGAGGAACGGGCAGUUGCUAUGUCUCAGUCUGUCUAUAAGAAAGGUAGCGAGGAACGGGCAGUUGCUAUGUCUCAGUCUGUCUAUAAGAAAGAUAGCGAGGAACGGGGAGUUGCUAUGUCUCAGUCUGUCUAUAAGAAAGGUAGCGAGGAACGGGGAGUUGCUAUGUCUCAGUCUGUCUAUGAGUAUCAUAAUGAGAAAGCAGCCGCCAUGUCUGAGUCUGUCUAUGACAAUGACAACGAGGAGGAAAUAGCCGCUAUGCCUCAAUCUGUCUAUGGAAACGAUAGCGAGCAGGUAGAAGCAUCUACUGCAUCCCAUGCCAUGUAUGGCAAUGGAGAUAUAAAGGUAGCAUCGAGCACUUCUCAAAGCAUCUACAAGAACAACAAAGAGAAAUCAGAAUCUGGGAUCAUUUAUGGGAAUGACAAAUGA